CAUAACAAGAAGGGAAUUAUAAUAUUAAAAAAUACAUACAAAAAAUAUUGACUCACGCAAAAAAACGGUUGUUGGUCUAACAUGUAAGUCCCAUGUAAUACCGCAUAGAGCAGCUUUACUCAAGAAUUCUUCUCCUCCCUUUCAGUUCUAGGAUCAACCAAAAUCAAAUUACAGUGUAACAAAUUAUAAAAAUGUAAUUGAAACAAAAUGACAUCUAAACAUGUGUUUUCUGAUAAGGUGAGAAUCUGGAUCAUGAGCACCAAAGUGCUUUACUAUUAAUGUCUACACAUUAUCUCAUUAUCUUGUUAAAAUUUCAAAGUCUGGUAAGUAACCCAUUACUAAUUACAUAAUGCAACUUUGGAAACAAAAUGAAUGCAGUGUGAAACAUAUUAUGUAUAAGAAUGAAUAGCGGAAUAAUAUAAUCACAUAGCUAGAAUAACGACUUACCUGAAGGAGAAAUCUUGCUACGGUUAAGGCUCUUCUACGGCUCAACUCCCUUUGUAUGCAAUAUCUCACUAAAUAGGGCAUGAGCUUUAGGGUUUCUUGCGAGUAAUGGGGCAUACCAUACUUCUUCAUUGGCGCAACUCAGUAUUGAACAACUUCACUUUCGGGUGAUGAAUUUGGUGUGCUAUUUAUGCAUAUUGAAAUAAUUUAUGACAUACUCCCAGCUUCACUGGCGAAACCAUUGUCGGACAGCUUCACUAGUAACGGCUAGUGUAGGUUUAUUAUGUAUUAUAUUUAUUCACUGGUUCAAUCCAGUAUCGUACAACUUCACCUUCAAGUGAUGGGGCCUACCAUUUCUUCACUGGUGUAACCCAGUGUCGUAUAGCUUCACCCUCGAGUGAUGAUUUUGCCUUCGGGCGACUAUGAUACUCCCAUUUAAGUACAUUGUUAUAUGAUUUGCGAACACUUUAUGGAUUUGCCUUUGGACAAUUACAAUACCACUAUUUAAGUACAUAGGUAUAUGAUAUACGAAACGUUUUACGAAUUUGGCUUUCGGCGACUAUGAUACCCCUAUUUAAGUACGCGGUUAUAUGAUUUAUGAACGUUUUACAAAUUUGCCUUUCAGUGAUUAUGAUACCACUAUUUGAAUACAUGGUUAUAUUAUUUAUGAACGUUUUUAUAGCAUGCUAGAGCUUUCAAAAAAGCCUAUUAUGUAUUACUAUAUGAGUUUUCUACAAUUGGGGGUUAGUAUGUUCACAUUGGUUUUACUUAUUAUUAUCAUAAACUUUCUUCCACUCACCCUUUGUUUUGUGCACCCUUAAGGACUUAGAAACGAGGCGUACAACUCCGACAUUGAGGCAUUCCCAUAUUAGUAGCUUCGAGCCUUCCUCCCUUUUAUGUAGGACCCUUUUCUUUGUAAUCGCGCCUUUAUAUAAUAUUUCUCCCACUGUGUUCUUGCUUAGUGGUAUGCUCUGGACAUGUUCAAGCAUUUCUCAUAUUUUAACUAUCAAUGAUCAGUACCUGACCAAUGUCAUGUUUAAUUUACGAAUUUUUAAUUAUGUUUACUUUAUUUUGCAACAAAUUUGCAUCCAUGUUUUACAUGUUCUUAGCAUAAGCAUGUUAGAAAGGCUUUCGUAACCCUCAGGUUUCGGUUCGCACUUGCCAAUCAUGGUAUGUAGAUAAUACCGAUUGAGAUCGGGUUGUAUCAGCAGGGAACCCUAAUAUUUACACCAAAGACGGUGGUUUAAUAAGGAUACUACGUACCCACUGUGUGAUCGUUUUGAAUCCAGACUUGUCACCAUGAAUAUCCAUAAUUCAUAUCCUAUACAAGCUUUGUAAUACAAUCAUGACCGUUUAAGCUAGACACUCUAAUAAUAAAUAUUCCUUAUUAGCUAACAAACAUAGGUAAUCGUAAUCUCUAAUAAUCUCACGUGCAUAACAAAAGCCAACCAAGUGUAUGGCUCUCUGUGGAACUCACUUGCUGCCCUUGUAGAAUUGGACAAUACAACUCACGUGUCACGACUUAAACAUGAACAUGUGUCCUUUCAUGGGUCAGCUUUUAGUUUUAAUUUGAAAAUUCCACCUUCAAUUCCUAGCUUGCGCUGUAUAAACAGUAGUAGUGACAUCUUAAUUUUCAUACAUCGAUCUCAUCUGCAAUUAUCAUUGUUGUAUUAUUUUCUCCACCAUGGAGUCCCCGAUAAUUACUAUCAAAGUUAUCAUUUCAUUCUUUUGUUCGUACAUGCUUUUGUCGCACUUGCAUCUCACCACUUUGAAACCUACUGCCUUCGCUUUGGAGGACUGUCAGUUUCCAGCCGUCUUUAACCUUGGGGACUCUAAUUCAGAUACUGGUGGAUUGGCGGCCUCAUCCCUUGUUGCACCAACCCCUCCUUAUGGCGAGACAUUUUUUGGUAUGCCGGAGGGAAGAUUCUCAGAUGGCCGUCUCAUAAUCGAUUUCCUCGCAAAUAGUGUUGGCCACCCUUUUCUAAGCGCAUAUUUGGAUUCACUUGGGACCAACUUCUCGUACGAUGCAAAUUUUGCCACUGCAGCUUUCACAAUCAGGCUGCCCAAUAGCGUUAUACGAAGUGGUGGAUUUAGCCCUUUCUUCAUUGAUAUUCAGUACAUGCAGUUAAUGCGACUUAAAUUCAGAUCACGACUCAUAAGGCAAAAAGAUAAACUACUAAAACUUGAAUGUAUUGAUGUAUCAAUGCGUGUUCCAAUUUGGAUUAAUAUCUACUGAUCAAGUUAAUAACCACUUCUUAGAUAAAAGCAACAUUUACAUGUAUGGAACCCAAAUAUUUACACCAAAGACGGUGGUUUAAUAAGGAUACUACGUACCCAUUGUGUGAUCGUUUUCAAUCCAAACUUGUCACCAUGAAUAUCCAUAAUUCAUAUCCUAUACAAGCUUUGUAAUACAAUCAUGACCGUUUAAGCUAGAAACUCUAAUAAUACAUAUUCCUUAUUAGCUAACAAACAUAGGUAAUCGUAAUCUCACGUGCAUGACAAAAGUCAACCAAGUGUAUGGCUCUCUGUG